CCUUGUGUGAACCCUGACUCUGCGCAGUGAGAGUUUGCCGCUGUGCUUCCGUCCCGUCCCACACUGACUCAGCUGUGAAGCCAGCCGGCCGGCCACAGGAGCAGCAUUUCCUCCAUGAGUGCAUCUGUAGGUGUUAGAGAGACUUUCGAUCUACAGCAGCUUUUUGUUUGGGACUCCAGAUUUUACCCUCACAUCUGGAAAGCAGAGUUUGUCUGAAGGGAAUUUCAGAAUCAAAAAGAGCCAGGGCUGGAUCUUUGUCUCAGACAAAGCCAGCUGCCAUGGAGGUACGGUGGAUUGGGGUUGAACCCUCCAAGCUUGGCUCCCCAUACGCAGCCUUCACUUUGCUGCUUGGUGUUUGGUCUGCUCAAGGCCUGGAAAUGUCCGUGGGGAAAAUCCCUUUCUUGCAAGCGGUAAACGGCAGCACAGUCAUGCUGCCUUGCACUUACGCCAGCUGUAUCGGCAUCCAGGACCUCUACUUCAACUGGCAGUACAACGACAAUGGCACAAUGCAAAAAGUUUGUGAAGCUGUGAUACCAACAGAGGACGUGGUACCAGAUGUGCAAAUUCACAAAGAAAGAGUGGAGUUUAUAGGAAAGAACAACAAAAAUAACAUCUCCAUCUUAAUAUGGAACAUCACUUUCGAGGAUGGAGGCUAUUACACAUGUUUUGGGAAGAAUCCAAAAGAGAAGAACAAGAACCACAGUGCGAUAUUCCACCUAAUUGUGGUGGACGAGUUGAGGGUGGUGGACAACACGCUGACCAUUCUUAUAGCCUCGGCUGUAGGGGGAGCCAUCGCGUUCCUGAUGGCCUUCAUGUUACUCAAGAACUUAACUCUCUUUGUUCUUGCCAAACUUGAGGAGAAAAAUAAAGAGUGCCUUGUGUCCUCGUCAGGGAUUGACAACACUGAGAACGGCCUCCCAGCAUCCAAAGCUGAUUCUAAACCAACUCCCAAAAAGAAAUGAGGCAGGGCAUGUAAAACUACACAAGUACUCUGAUUUAGGACAUAUUGCAGAUAUUAAUAUAUGCAAAUGGGUUUGAAAUGUCAGUAUGUUUAAUUUAAUAACUUUCGUGGUGAGGUUUGAAUGGGAAUACAUACUUUUGCACACAAGGACACCAAAUGUGCUCUAAGUGGUGGAAAUGAUAUACAGCUUACAAUAGUGCAAGUAGUGAAUGCUCAACAUGUCCACAUCAUUGGUAAACAGUAGCUGUUCAUGGCUUAAUAAGUUUAAUAACAUAUUUAGUAGAGUCACAUAAGGAACAAAACUUUAUUACCAAUAAUCCUUGGGAAUACUUCUUCCUAGAAAGAGUAAAAUCAGAUCUAACAAAACUAAUUCAUGGUAGAAAUUUUAAGCUGAAACAGGAACAGGCAACGGCUAAAUUAAGGUUUCCAUAAGCUUCAACACUUCACUUUAUCUUGAAAACUUUGGAAAAAGCUCAUUGUCUCUUAAAUGUGGUCAUGAUUCUACUUCUACUAUUAAUUGGUAUUAUUAUUAUUAAUGUAGUAAUCAGAUCAUUCCCUACAGCAGGGGUCACCAGCCUUUUAAGGCUGAGGGCCACAUCAUGUGUAUGGAGUCAUCAGAAGGGCUAUCAAUACUGAGCUAUGAACAGUAGGGGUCAGUGUUCGCCCAAACUGCAUAUAUAACAAACAUAUUUUUAUUGUUUCAUUCAAUUUCUAAUUUUCUUUCAGAUAAUGUCAUUUUGAAACCCCUGAAAUGCUUUUUAUGAUUACUAUCAUAUAUUACUAGCCCACCUUGCUGUCACCACUCCCGUCUCUUUUUCAACAAUUAGGGACUCACUUCCAGGCAUUUGGUAAAUGUUGCUAAUUGUUUAACUUUUUACCUAUUGUGUCUGAGGCCAGAAAACCAAGGAAAGCAAACU